GUCAAAUACAAUUGAUUAUUGUGUGUCUUAAGGAUAACCGAAAGCUUACUCGUCGAUAAAACUUAAAAAAAGAGUAAAAUCUAUAAAAGGAAGGUCUCGAAAGGGAAAGAAAAGACCGAGAAUUUAUUGCUUAUUUUGAGGCGUCAUUACAAAUCUUGAUUAAUUUCUAACAAAGUAACGGUGCAUUGGCUUUCUUUACGAUACGCCUUUUGCCACUGAAUCCAUCGACUUCGAUUUCAAAAGAAUUAAUCGAGAAAUUCGCCCUAAAAAUUUGCUUUAACUUAGUCCAAAUAUGGCCGAGCCAGAUAGUGAAAAAAGCAUAAUUAUUGAAGAUGAGGAUUUGGAGGAUGGCGAAAUUGAAGAUGACGAUACCGAAGAUUGUAUUGUUGUUGAAGUUAUAAAACCUGCUGAAAUCAUAAAAUCAGAUGAUAAAGAUGAGCAUAAGAAAAAAUCUUCAUCAUCAGAUAAGAAAUCUUCAUCAAGUUCAUUAAAUCGAAAGGAGAAGGGAAAAGAUAACGAGGAGGAUGAUUUCAUGUCAAAUAUUGAACAAAUGAUAGCCGAAGGCUUGAAAAAGAGCGGAAUUGAGCCACCAAUGCCGAAUGUUAAGAAACAAAUGGAGCCGGACUCAGCACAAGAUCGACGAACAAGUCGUAACUCCCGAAAGCGAAAGAAUCGAAGAGAUCGUAAAGAACAGAAACGGGAAAAUAGUUCAAAAAAGCGAUCCAGGGUAAAUGAAAGUGACGGUUUGUACAUGGUAGGUGGAAGUCCCGAUCAAUCUUGUAGUGAAUCAGACGGUGGUGAAUCACAUGACGAUGACAGUUACGAUUCCGAAGAAUAUCAUCGAAUGUCUUAUGAAGAAAGACGCAACAGAAGACGAGCAGCAAAUAAAGACAGAGAACGUGAUCGCGAUAGGCGUGAUCGUGAUCGUGACCGUGAUAGAGGCAGAGAUCAUGACAGGAAGGAAAAACGGAAUCGUGAAAAUGAGAAAGAAGUUUGUUUAAGAUUUGCCGAAUUUGGACAUUGCAAUGACGAUGACUGCACUCGUGUUCAUGAAGUUCGUCAACCAAAAAAGAUGGAACUUUGCAAGUUUUGGCUCAUGGAAUGCUGCGCUAAGAAAGAUAAAUGCUCGUACAUGCACGGCGAUUUCCCGUGCAAAUAUUACUAUCUGGGACUGAAAUGUAUACAGAAAGAUUGUAAAUUUUUGCAUGGAAAGCCACUCAGUGAGAACUUGAAAGCAGUUUUAUUGAAGCAUUUAGACACAGCACCGAAAGAAAUUUUAGGAGAUUUUCCACGUCUUGGACGAGAAAGUUCGACCAAAUUAAUUGCACAAACACACGUGAAGCUUUGUCAAGAAUUCAACAUUCCCUUACCUGAAACAGAGAAGGAAAAAGUGAAAAUCCCGUCACUUCUCGACAUGAAUCUUAAGCCACCAGAUGGAAGAAGUGAAAGAAAAAGUUUGAAAAACAAUUCACGAUGGUUGCAGAAGGAACGAGAAUGUUCUCCUGACUUGAUCCAAAAAGCUUCAAAAGUUGAAGGACCAGGCGAUGUCCAACUUGCUAAUUUAGGAAUUUUAAGUGAACAACAAAUUUCGGCCAUGUCAGCCAUUGGAGUGAUUACUGUUAAUCACAUUAAUAAUUUGACUGUAGCUCAGCUCAAUGAUUUAGGUCUUAGUUUAGCAACAAUUGGAGAAAUUCAAGCAACAGCAAUGAACAUUAACAAUCAAAAAUGUUCACCAAAUCAAACAGAAUCAACAAAUAAAAUAGAAGAAGUAACUGAAAAAGAAAAUUCAUCAGCACAAUCAUCGACUUCGCAUGCAGUUGCUGAUGUUGACUUACGAGAAUCAUCACAACAACAGAAUAUUAGUCAAAAUAUGGAUGUUGAUAUGCGAGUGUUACCAACAGUUGAACCACAUAAAGAAUCUCUCAAUUCUCCUGACACAAUAAUGUCACCCAAUCAAUCAGAUGCUGAUGAAAUGUAUAAGAAACCUGUCACUCCAUUACAACGUCCUUGUUCGAGUGGAUCAACAAUAAUGAGUCCUCCAAGAGGAAUCGACUACUCGCAGUACUUAAAAGAUUCAAAUUUGAAUAAUGAUGAUGAGAAUGAAGACGAGCCUGGCUUGAGGAUUGACGAAUCUUACUGCACCAGUGAUUACGAAUUGGAAGAUAAAAAAGAUUCGCAAUCUGAGGAUGAUCAAGAAGAUCAAGCAGCAGUGCCAAAAUUCAAUAUGCCUUUACUUCCACCAUCGUUUAACACAAGUGACUUCCUAAAAUCAUCACCAGUAACAAAAAUUGAUAUAAGUUCGUCAGUCUCGCAACUUAUGGAGAGUAAAAUAUCAAAAUCACCUUUGAGAGAUCCACGAAUGCGUGAUCAACGAGCACAAGAUUCUCCUUCUCCAUCAACAUCGACAUCAUUGUCAAAAGAUUCACAAAAUAUCACUGAAAUCAGUUCACCAAGUUAUCGAGAUCCAAGACAAAAGUCGAAAGAACCGCCACAACAAAGACUGUCGAUUUAUGAAAUUGAAUCGCCAUCGGAAGAUGAAGAUUUAGUUAAAAUUGGCGGUGAUAAAGAUAUGAGAAGAUUGCCAUCGUUCUUACGUGAUCCUGAGAAUGGUGACGUUGAUCUUCGAAUGCCUUUCAUGAACAUGUCGAAUUAUGUACCAGCUACAGAGAUCGAUGCAUCUUUUGGCACGCACAUUUUCAAGAAAUAUGAAGUGAAGGUUGUUGAUGUCCCGAAACCUGAUUAUUCUGAGAUUCGUCGAAGCUUUAGACAAACAGAAACGACUCAUGAUCCGAGAUUGAAGAAGUUGUGUGGGAUUGUUGAUUUGAAUGAGCCAGCAUCACCACCAAAGAUAAGUACAUCAACUACAUCUCUUCCUUUAGAUCCACGUAAACGUAAACAAAAACAAGAAUCGAGUAAUGAUGACAUUUUGGGACAACCAAAGAAGCUUCAAAUAUCAACAAUUCUUCAAAAUUCUAAAAAUUACAACGAUCUUAGUUCAAGUCAGAAAAUGGUUGUGAAUGAAGUUUUGGCUGAAUUAUCGAAGCAACUUAAAUUGUUUCACGCUGAUUCAUCGCCAAAUAAAAUUUUUGAUUCCAGUUUCAUCACACAACGGCCAAAGUUACAACAAAUUCUUAUUGGUUUAGGUGUUUUUAUUAAUGCUGAAGGUGAUUUUGAAGAGUUGAAAGAUAUGCCAUUAAUGACAAUUCCAAGUAUUCAUCAAAUGCCACCAAUGAUACCAAAUCUUCCACCUCCUAAUUUAAUUUCAUUGAAUCAACCUCCGCCAAGUUUAUUCUCCAAUACAAUGCGCCCGAGUUUGUUAGGAUUGGCUCCAAAUCUGCCAUUUGGUAAUUUCGAGCAGCAAGACUUGAAUGCUCAACUUAUGAGUCAAGGUUUACCUUUUGGUGGGAAUGACCAACAAUUCAAUAAUAACCGAGAAUUCGUAGUAAAUGUGUCCAUAAAGAUGGAUAAUACGAUUGUCCAAGCAGAGUUUCCCUUCAAAGGCUCUAACAAUGACGAACUUUGUUUCAAAAAAGGCGAUCUCAUAGUGUGGGAAGGAACAGCUGUUGAAACAGGAAAGACAGGAUGGUUCCCUUCCAAUUAUGUUUUAGAAUAUAAGGCGCCAGCACCUCCCACAGAAACAAUUAGAACAGUUGAAGAAAUUCAAACAUUUCGAAAAGUCGUUUACAAUGACUUACUUGAAAGUGAGAAGGCUCAUUGUGCUGAACUUCGUGGUUUGUUGGAGAAUUUUCUUGAGCCAUUGGAAUCCAGUAAAAUAUUGACCUCAGAUGAAUAUGCUCAACUUAUGUGCAAUUUUGUCGAAGUUGUCAAUUUACAUGAAGAACUUCUCAAUGAUUUAGAAGAAUCAAAUGAUCGCAUUGGUAAAUUGUUCCUGAGCAAAGCGCCAACAAUGAAAAGAAUUCAUCACACAUAUUGCAUAAUGCAUCCAAAGGCGAUCGUCAUUGUUGAUAAGCAUAAAGAAGAUUUGAAUGGCUUUAUGGAGAAACAAGGAGCAGCUAAGCCAGGAAUUCUUGUGCUUACCACAGGUUUAAGCAAAUGCUUUCGACGUCUUGAUAAAUAUUCCGCGAUUCUACAAGAACUUGAACGUCACAUGGAAAGUGGACAUCCUGACAGAGGUGACACUCAAAGGAGUAUUGCAGUCUUCAAAGACAUUGCAUCGUCAAGUUCAGCAAUAAGACGACAAAAGGAAUUGGAGCUGCAAAUCCUAACUGGGCCAAUAAGAGGAUGGGAAGGUGAAGAAUUGUCUACAAUGGGUGAAAUAAUUCACAUGGGAUCGGUGGCUGUUGGGAAAGAAUAUCAAGAUCGAUAUUUCAUCUUAUUGCAUCAAAACCUGUUGAUUCUCAGUGUUAGUCAACGAAUGUCAGCAUUUAAAUUUGAAGGAAAAAUUCCUAUAACUGGAAUUAACGCGAUGCGCCUCCCAGACACAGACACGAUAAAAAAUGCUUUUGAGAUUACUGGUCCGUUGAUUGACAAGAUUCUUGCCAUAUGCCAAUCGUCGAAUGAAGCUAAUAAAUGGGUUGACUUAUUGGGAAAAAGUAAUCAUGGAUCGGGUGCCAUUGACAUAAAAAGAAACACAAGUUUCACAUCUGGAUGUGGAAUUCACUUGCAAUCGAAUAUUGAUUAUGAAUUUAAUCAAACACUUCCAUCGAGAUAUUAUCCAUCGGCUGCGCCGUAUGCAGCUUUGACUGCCUAUAUAAGAGACAUGAUAAAGGAAAGAGUAUUGACGAGAUUUAUAGUGAAAGCCUUGUUAUAUCCUGAAUUCCUGUGUGAUAUUGAUACGAGUAGUGUUGUGUAUCGUAAAAAACAAAGAACUUUUGUUCGAAUGUAUCGACACGAGAACGAUAAUGAGAAUGACGAAAGUAGUGAAUGUGAAAGUUCCCAAACUGAAUCAGAUUGUCGAGUUUAUAGCGAUGUGAAAUAUAAAACAGGAAAAGUAGAUUCAUGGGACAGAACGACAAUUUACGAAAGCUUUAUUGAUCAUGGUGAAGAAGCUGGUGACAUUUCUUAUCAACGUUUACAUGAUUCAAUCAGCAGCUUUUGUUUUGUUACUGGCUGUAAUUCAUCUUCGUCCCAUUCAUCAUCAAGAGAAUCUUUUAUGAUUGGAUCAAUUCCGUUGCAAUAUGUUGAAAGUCGUCAAGAAGUGAAAGGAAAUGAAAAUGACAAUCCAACGCAUCUCACAACAACAAAAAUGAAUCUUCUUGAAAUUAAACAAAAGUCAGAACAGUCACAAACAUCCAGUUUUGAGCAUAACUUUAAUAGUGAUACAGCGUGGAAGCAUCAAGCUUUUGAAGAUCUUCUGAAUAUUCAAGAAGAUCCAUCGAAACUUCAAGAUGGAAAGAAAACAUUGGGAUGGAAACGAUUAGAAGAGAAGCAUCACAGCAUGCCUGUUCAAUUUGUUGGUAAUCGCUUUAAUGAGUCAUCUCUCACUCGAAUUUAUAUUCCAUCAUGCAAAAGUCAUAAUGAAAACGUCAAGAAUCAACUACAAACACCUUGUAAUAGUUUCGAAGAAUCUGAACAUUCCAAUUCGGUUGAAAUUUGUCGCCAGUGGAAGGAAGUCACCAUUGAUGCACCUGACAAACUCACCGCAGAAAUUUUGUAUAAUUUAGAGCAAUUCGAAGGAAGCUCAAUGAAGAUUGAAAGCAAAGCUGAGAUUGAAAUGAAACCUUCGUCAAUUGUUAAUGCAACACCGCCUGAAACUUCAUUCAUCGAUGAGAGAUUAUUUGAUCCUUUAGUCAUGCCAUCAACAGCUCCAUCCACAACCAUAUAUUCAAGUGAUUCUGAUUCAGGAAUGGCUGGAAGCUACACGCUUUCCCCAUCCGAUCAAUUUACUUGUCAUCGAACUUACAAUAGUCACAAACACAACACAAACGUCACUUCGUCAGCAAUUGAUUAUUUUGCGCCACGAACUGUUUCGGAUGCUUCUGGAAAUUUGCAUCAUAACGAAAUGAUGAUGAAAAGACAUAAAAUUCGGGAUGAUGAUUUAAAUGAAGGCGAAAAUGAGAGCAAAAUGUCACCGCCAACUCAUCUGGGCUCAAAUAAUUGGACAAUUUCUAAUCUUCGACCCCGUCGCAUCCAUUACGUCCAUGCUUUACUUACGCAUCCAACAGUCAAUCAAGCGCACAACUCAAAUAUGAAUUAUCAACAAAGAAAGCGCAACCAACAUAUGAAGAAGAUGCUCUCGUUUUGCGCGUUAUCGAAGCGUAUUCCAUCGCUUUUCAGAACACAUCGCGAAAUACGAUCCAUUCGGCCAUUCGCACCAUGCCUUCCUAUACGUGGAGGAAAGUUGCAAUCGUCAAAGCCCUUCUCUUCAUCUAAUCCCCAACUACCGUACAUUUGUUCAUCGCUCACUUCAUACCAUCAACACCAACACGCCAACUCAAAUUCGGCGAGUAUCAAUUCUUCAGCAAUUUGGCGUGAAGUUUGUCCAAAUAAUUUUUAUUCUUCGUCAAUAUCGUCUUUGAGCUCUUCGCCAUAUAAAUCUCGUUUUUCAUCGGGAAAAACAGAUUUUCGUGCGGCUUCCGAGGAAAGGCCGCCAACUUAUCGACCUCAACCGCCAGUUGAUCAUAACAUGAGUUUCUGUGGAAAUUUAAAGAAGUUAACAUCAAAUUACGAUGAUUAUCUGAGCUCACGAGUAAACUCACCCGUGAUUUCUCGUAAAAGUUCACAAAAUAAACAUUUUUGGAGCAAACCUCAUUCACCAACACCGCAAUUGGUCAAACAAAAGCAUUUUAAUACCAUUGCAGCUGCCAAUAGCCGCGAAACUUCUCCUUUCCUAUACGAUCGACGACUUAAUAAAUCAUUUGAAACAGCAAAUGGAUUGCUAAAUGAAGAUGACCAAUGUCAGAAUGAGAAAAGCUUGAAAAAUUCCAUUUUCCGUCGAUCGUCGACACCUCAAUUGCAUAGCAUUUAUUGCGACAGUAGUCAAAGAGAUUCAGUAACCUCGUCAUGGUGUUGUGUUGAUGGUGAUGACGGUACGACGCCAACUUUAAGACAAUUGUUCAUGGCCAUGCGACAAAUGCAGUUCGAUAUUCAAGACAUGAAGUCGCAAUUGAAUCAAGAAAGAACUCUUCGUGGAGAUCUCCAAAGGCUCAUCAUGACUCACAUGGAAAAGUGUGGCAUGGGUUCAUAAAGAAAAUUUAAUUAGAUUAUUUAGGAAAAUGUUUUCUUCUUUUUCCUUUUAACGUCAAAAGAAAUUAAUGCUUCACCAAAUGUUCGUUCACAACGAAUGAUGCUAAGUAGAUAAAUAGAAAUAUUAACUGUUUUCAUAAUUUUUCCGCCAAAUUUUAUGUAAGUUUCUCUUCAGAGUUUUCUUUUUCGAAAGUUUUUAGAUUUAAAACAUUUAACACAAAAUAUUUUUAUAAAAGUUUUAACAUUCAAAGAAUUAUCUAAUAAAGUUUAUUUAUUUCUUGACAAUUCUAAA